GUGUGUUCACUGUCCUGCGCGGUUCGUCGCGAGCACAGACUGUUUAAGGUCGCGAGCUGUUUGAACGUUUCCAGGACAACCUUCUGAAGCUCCCGUCACUCAGGACAGCUCAGGACUCAGCUCUGUGAUCUUCAGCAGGGAGUCAAGUUUAGAGGAGAUUUCAAUCUUAUACCCUAAACAACAAGACAUGGCUGACCGAGAUAGUGACGGAGCGGAAAGAGACGCAGAGGAAACAGACGAGCUUUUUUCCACAGAUCUGAAUGACAACAGCUGUGAGUCUGGACGGGACUCUCCUCCUCUGAAACUGGACCAGUGUGACCUCCUCUUAGAUGCUCUGGACGCUCAGCUUGGUCGCCUGCAGAUCCAGCCAACGAAACAUCUGGCAAUUUCCAGAGAGCGUGAUUGCAACGAUGAUGCGGAUCCUCUGAGGUGGAGUCAUUCUCUGAGCAAAGACACUGGGCUUGGGAGUACAACUCAAACGAACGACACUCCCAUGUCUUGUCUUGAUUUGAUACAAACUCCAACGAAAGAGCCAACUUCAGAGAGGGGCUCGGGCUGCCGGGAAGGUCCUACUAUUCACAAAGUAGACAGAAGGACAAGAGACAAAGAGGAAAUGGAGUCUCAGAGGGAGCAGGUCCUCUGGAGGCUGGAGAGGCUGCUGGGAGACACCUGUAACGAGGGGGGGGUGGAAGCAGGAAUCCUCCCUCCUUCAGACAGCAUCUGCACCGAGGACUUUGUCAGCCGCUUCAGAGACGAGAUGGUGGAAUGGACAUUUCCAGAGAGUUAUAUAGAGAAACUAGACGGAGAGGAAGUGACUGAGAGGACAGAGAUAUCUGACUGUCAGCGUGAACACUUUAUACUUAAUGUUGACAGAAGAGGACUGACAGGGAAGAGUAGUGAAAACACAGAGAGUGCUCACGACUGUCAGAGUGAGGAGAGAUGUGUUUUUAAUAGCCACGGAGUAAACACAUCAGGCGGGAGGAAAGCAAGAGCUGGAGAGAGAUACAGCUCGCCACAGAGGCUCACUGAUGAUAGCAGCCUCUCUCACAGAACAGAGGCUGUAGCUGGUCAUGAAACCACACAGCUCAACAACAGCUGUUCUCCUAAGGCCAGGUGUUUGGCAGGAGUUCCUGUGUGGAGUUUUGACACCGUGUCCAUUGACAGUGACCUGGACUCAGUGUGCACGGAGCAGGUCAGAAACCACAUCCACAGGCGGCCAGGAUGGCGCUCCCUCCUUCAGUCUGUCACAGGCAUGGAGGAGCACUGUACCAACCACAGUGACACACACACACAGGGGGAGGGUGAGGCGAGAUCGUCAUCAGGCCGAAGCUUCUCUUCUCUUGGAAAAGUACACAACAGAAGUCCUUCUGUCNUCGGGAACGGAGCAUGUCAGCCGUCACCAGACACCCUUCCAUUAUAA